GCUGCUACUGGAGAGAUGCCAGCCUACCAGAUCCGUACAGCAAGCUCUGCUUUGCCACAGGCGGUUGUAGUGGCAACGGCACCAGCAAACUUGCACAGCCCACAGCAAUUGGCAGAAGAAGCAACACGCAAGAGAGAAUUGCGGCUUAUGAAAAAUAGGGAAGCGGCUCGGGAGUGUCGCAAAAAGAAGAAAGAAUACGUCAAGUGUCUCGAAAAUCGAGAUGGCUGUGCUUGAGAACCAAAACAAGACUCUGAUUGAGGAGCUGAAGGCACUUAAAGAUCUAUAUUGUCAUAAAGCAGAAUAA